AUUAAUAUUUAUAUCUCAAAAAGCAAAAUGGGAUAAACCUGUACAAUGAACACAUGUUGUAGUAAGGAGGAGGUUUAAAAUUUAAAAAAUUCUGGAAGAUCUCUGGAAAUAUAAAUAAAAAAGUCAAAACAUUCUCAACAAAUAAAUAAAGAAUAAGAAAAAGUGGAGGAUAAAACAUAAAAAAAGAAAAGUGAGACAGUUUCUGAUUUAAUGGCAUCAUCAUAACAUAGUAAGAUGUCUAUAAAGUAAAUUGAAAAGAAUCUUCGAAUAGAAAUUAAUGAUGGAAAUUAGAAUCCUUUGAUAUAGAAGAGUAUUGGUAAUAAUGAGAGAAUGAAGCUUCCAGUAAAAAAUGUUAAAUAAUUAAGAUAAUAUUGUUAUAAAAUGGUGCAUCAUAUGAAGGUGAAUGGGUUUAAGGUAAGAGAGAUGGAUAUGGUAAAUAAACAUGGCCAGAUGGAUCAAUUUAUGAAGGUGAAUGGAAGGAAGAUAAAUCAUGUGGGAAAGUAAAUUGAAUAUAAAAUAAAAUAGGGGAAAUUAAUACAUGCAGAUGGUGAUGUAUAUGAUGGAGAUUGGGUAGAUGAUGCAGCAAAUGGUUUAGGAACAUAUAUACAUGUGAAUGGAGCUAAAUAUUAAGGAGAGGUAUAGGUUUUUAAUUUAUUUUAAGUGGUUAAAUGAUAGUUAACAUGGAAGAGGCAUAGAAAUGUGGCCAGAUGGAGCAAGAUAUGAAGGAGAUUAUUAAUAAGGUAAAAAACAUGGUUAAGGGAGAUUAAAUUUUGCAGAUGGUUCUUGUUAUUAAGGUAAUUAAUUUAGAAUUUACAUAAAUUAGGUGAAUUUUUUGAUAAUGAAAUUUAAGGAUUUGGAAAUUAUUAAUGGCCUGAUGGAAGAUUAUAUGUUGGAGAAUGGAUGAAAAAUAAAAUGCAUGGUAAAGGAGAAAUUAAAUGGCCAGAUGGAAGAUAAUACAAAGGAGUAUUUUAAUUAUAAUAAAUUAGGAAUAUGAAAAUGAUAAAAAACAUGGUAAAGGUGUAUUUCUUUGGGAAGAUGGUAGAAAAUAUAUAGGAAUUUGGAAAACAGGUAAAUAACAUGGAGUUGGAAUUUAUUAUUCUAUUGAUAAUGUUAUGAGAAUUGGAGAAUGGGUUGAAGGUAAAAGAGUUAAAUGGUAUGAUAAAGAAGAAGUUAAUGAAUUAGAGAGAAAAGGUAUAAUAGAUGAACUUAAAAAUUAAUGA